AUGAGCGCCAGCAAUAAACCCGUGUUAAUCGUUGGCGCUGGCGUCGUGGGCUUGACGUUAGCACACGGGCUCAAAAAGGCCAACAUUCCCUUUGAAAUCUACGAGCGCGACGAGAACAUCGAUGCCCGCGGGCAAGGAUAUGCCAUCACCUUACACUGGGUGUUGGAGUACUUGAAACAAAUUCUUGACCAGGAGACCCUUGAUGCCAUAGACGGUGUCCAGGUUGAUCCAGAGAUCGGUCGCAACGACAAUGGCAACUUCAUGUUCAUCAAUCUUGAGACGAAAGAGGCCAAGUUCAAGAUCCCUCCCAACCACCGUCGUCGCGUGAACCGCGAAAAAUUUCGAAAAGUCUUGCUCAAGGGAGUCGCGGAGAAAGUCCACUGGAACAAGAAGCUGGCAGACAUCCAAGUGUCCGAUAAUGCUAGCGAUGGGGUCACGGCCAUCUUUGCAGACGGAAGUGAGGCCCAGGGGAGAAUGCUCGUUGGCGCCGAGGGCAGCAACUCUCAGACGAGAAAGUUCCUCGUGCCAGACGCCCAUCAGAACUACCUGUUGCCCGUCAAGAUGAUUGGCGCUUCUGCCGACUUUACUCCCGAGCAGGUCGCGCCGCUCCGAAGCAUCGAUCCACUGCUCUUCCAGGGCAGCCACCCAACGACGGGCGUCUUCCUCUGGAUCUCUAUGCUCGAGACGCCAGAGGUGAAUGGCACAGCAGGGACUGCCAACGAACGCUUCCGCGUGCAAGUUAUGCUCUCAUGGAUGGACAAAGACAGGGACGAAGUCAUCCCGGAGGCAAACCAGGACCGCAUCGCCCUGAUGAAGCGCCUGGUUGACGGUUUCCACCCUGAUCUGUACAACACCAUACAGGCCAUUCCCGUAUCUUCGCCCACCCUCCACCUCGUCCUGCAAGACUGGCCCUGCCAAGACUGGAACAAUCACGACGGCCGAGUGACUCUCGUGGGUGACGCCGCACAUGCCAUGGUCAUGUACCGCGGCGAGGCUGGCAACCACGGCAUUCUGGACGCCUGGCAUCUGUGGGGCGAGAUCAAGGCGGUGUAUGCGGGCGACAAGACCGGAGCUCUGGCUGUUUCUAAUUAUGAGGCGGAGAUGAAGGAGAGGACCAAGCCAGCCGUAUUAUUGAGUCGGCAGGCAUGUUUGGAUGCACAUGACUUUAACGGCUUGAAUAAAGAUUCAGCGGUGCUCAAGGUGAGAGCUAUCAAGGCGUCGGCCAUUAAGGCGUGA